AUGGGUGGUAACACGGAAUAUAUAGCAGGCCACGGCUACCUCUCUCUUGGCCAGGCUGUUCACGUUGCUCAAAACAGUGACGGAGGCGUUGACCAGCAACUUGCCCAAUUCCUCGAGAAACGCCUUGCCGUGGUCUGGUCAAAACUCAACGCUCAACCACAAUCCUACAUCCUCCCGCCAGACGAAUUUGCGCUCAUGAACUACUAUCGCACACGAUUCGGAGAUAACGAAAUAGUUCGCAACGCUACUAAGAGAUUCUGGGACAAUCACAAAGGCGGCCAAUAA